CAGGGUCCGGGGAGAGCGGAUAUAGUGAAUGCAGGGUCCGGGGAGAGCGGAUAUAGUGAAUGCAGGGGUCCGGGGAGAGCGGAUAUAGUGAAUGCAGGGUCCGGGGAGAGCGGAUAUAGUGAAUGCAGGGUCCGGGGAGAGCGGAUAUAGUGAAUGCAGGGUCCGGGGAGAGCGGAUAUAGUGAAUGCAGGGUCCGGGGAGAGCGGAUAUAGUGAAUGCAGGGUCCAGGGAGAGCAGAUAUAGUGAAUGCAGGGUCCGGGGAGAGCGGAUAUAGUGAAUGCAGGGUCCGGGGAGAGCGGAUAU